AGUCGCUACGAGAGAGGAGCGCAGGGGAGUGCCCUGCGCCGUGGACCGCCGACACACUAAGCGUCCUCCUCCUCCUCCUCCUCUUAUUCGUCUUCCUCCUGCGCUGAAGCCGAACUCAUCUGCCGGGGAAACUCAACCGAUUCCCGACUCCCAGCGGUUCUUCUCGCUGUUAAAGCCCAGUUUCCAUCCUCCAUCCGCCGGCUGCAAACGAAAUCGACCAGCGGUCCUCUCCGGUAGGCCUGACGUAUCAUCAUGGAGGAGCUAGAUGUCCCACAGAUGAGGAGAGAAGUGGAAAGUCUUCAGUACCAGCUGGCCAUCAACAGAGAGAAAUCCUCCAUCACCGUCACCGAGCUGGUGAAGUGGAUCGAGGGCUGUGUUUGUGAAGAUCCAUUCCUGAACCCUGAGCUGAUGAGAGCCAACCCCUGGGUGGAAAAGGGCAAGUGUGUGAUCCUCUAAUGGUCACACACACACAUACACACACACACACAAUCACGGACGCACAUAGACUAAAGAAUAAUGCACAACCACACACAGUCACGCUGCACUAACGUACGCUCUUUUUCUCUCUCUCACACACACAUACACACACACACACAUACAUUAUUGCUAUUGUUUAUUUAUUUGGAGACUCCUGAAUGCUGUUAAUUUAUGUGAAGAUUACUCUGUGUGUGUGUGUGUGUGUGUGUGUGUGUACAGCACUGAGUAGCUCCGUAGAGGUUUGUUUUGACAAACUGCUGAGAAAUGUUCAACAACACAAUGUUUUUAUUGGCUCUUUACACUGUCAAUCAAAAUAAAGACUGUUUUGAAUUUAA